GCUGCUGUAAAAACUGCAGUAGAAGAAGAAGCCUGAUCAUGUCAGAAUGGGGACCCAGGUGAAAGAUGUGAUCAUUAAACCCGAUGCUCCGAGCUCUCUGCUGUUGGAUAAACAUGGAGAUUACAUCGCAGCCUACGGCUCCAAGAAGGACGACUAUGAGUACACGCUGUCGGAGUACCUGAGGAUGAGCGGCAUCUACUGGGGGCUGACGGUGAUGGACCUGAUGAGCCAGCUGCCUCGGAUGAACCGACAGGAGAUCAUAGACUUCAUCAAAGCCUGUCAGCAUGACUGUGGAGGCAUCAGCGCCAGCAUUGGACACGACCCCCAUCUGCUGUACACCCUCAGCGCUGUCCAGAUCUUGUGCUUGUACGACAGCGUGGACGCGCUGGAUGUGGACAGAGUGGUGGAAUAUGUCAAAGGGCUGCAGCAGGAGGACGGCUCUUUUGCUGGGGACAAAUGGGGUGAGAUAGACACGCGGUUUUCUUUCUGUGCUGUUGCUACUCUGGCUUUAUUGGGUAAGAUGGACACGAUAAACGUGGACAAAGCCGUGGAGUUCGUCCUGUCUUGUAUGAACUUUGAUGGAGGUUUUGGCUGCAGACCGGGUUCAGAGUCUCACGCUGGUCAGAUCUACUGCUGCACCGGCUUCCUGUCUCUGACCGGCCAGCUCCACCAGCUGAACGCCGACCUGCUGGGCUGGUGGCUCUGUGAGAGACAGCUGCCGUCUGGAGGCCUCAACGGACGUCCUGAGAAGCUUCCAGAUGUUUGCUACUCCUGGUGGGUUUUGGCGUCUCUGAAGAUCAUCGGUAGGAUUCACUGGAUCGACAAAGCCAAGCUGAGGAUGUUUAUUCUGGCCUGUCAGGACGAGGAGACGGGAGGUUUUGCUGAUCGACCAGGAGACAUGGUGGAUCCCUUCCACACUCUGUUUGGAGUCGCUGGUCUGUCCCUCCUCGGAGAUGAACAGAUCAAAGCAGUGAAUCCAGUUCUGUGUAUGCCUGAAGACGUCCUGCAGAGGAUCGGCCUGCAGCCAGACCUCCUCAGCUAGCUGCCUGACGCUAUCCCACACCCUCACACACACACCGUCACACACACACCGUCACACACCUCCACAACACCACUCCUGUCUGUCAGCCUCUCAACAACAACCACAGCCAGGUGAUGGUAGCAGAGAGAGGACCACAGCUGGUUGUAGCUGGAGAGGACCAUUCAGAUGGAGGAUACUCAGUAGAGACCUGGAGGACAGACAGAGAAUCUUUAGUUUAAAUCCUGCUUCUCAUCAUCAGGUCACUUUUCCUGUUUGACUGCAGCAGAACGAGGCGUUUAAAGCGUCACUGUACUUUCUGAAGUCUAGAAACCAUAAACCAACAUUCCUUAACUUUGAGGGAAAUCGUGCAACAGCUGAGAUGUUUCCUGGUCUCAUCAGCUUCCAGCUUCCCAAUAGAUUUAUCAAGCAGUGUAACGAGACGCCUGUUUGGUGCUUUAGGAGGCGUGGCGGUUAAAUAAUGAAAGCAUGGAGUGUAAAACGUGUGGCAGAAAUGACCCCGAAUGUUUCAAUCUGCUCCAGUUACAUGAAAUGAUGUCAUUCAACCCUCUGAUGUACAACAUGGGUCAAAGUGACCCAAAUCCAACAGAAACUGGGUUCUCCUGACCCACACAUCAAAGGGUUAACAUCCACAGCUCAGCAUCAGGCUGUCUCAAUAAUAAUCUGCUGAUCAAAUGACAGAUCUGACCUUGAAAAGUAGAAGCUUUAUUCAGUCAGAUGAGUUCACUGAGGGAGACUGAAGGUAAAAGUCAGAUUUACAGUUUUAUUUAUUUUAUUACAUUCUGACCGCGGUUCAGUUUAAAGGCUCCACAUCUCUGUUUCCUCAUCGGUCUGCUGUUUCAUAUUAAACUAACUUCUGUUUCUGAGGAGUGUGAAGGGCAGCAGGGUAACCACUGACCCGGUGGACAGAACACCAACAGCUUUAGUCUCUGCAUUAGAAUUAUUCCUGGCAGGCUUUAGAGGAAAUGUUCUGUAUGUGAGGAGGUCUUCAGCACAUUUCAACUCUAUCUGCUGCUCUUCUCUUUAUUUAAAUCCAUGUUCCUCACUGCAGCUGCUGUUGAUCUGCCUCCACACCGUGAAACACACAGGAAACGUUUCCAGGUUCAGAUUCCGCGGAAAAUAGGGAAACAUUUCCAGGUUCAGGUUCCGCGGAACAUCGGGAAUGUUUUCGGAUUCAGAUUGUGUGGAACGGCUUCUAGGAAACUCAUGUUGUCUGUCUGGGUGAAGUUUUAUCUGUUAAUGAGGUGUUCAGUGUCCACAUUGUUACAGAAAGUAAAUAAAUCACAUUUUAAUGCAUUAA